CUCCUCCUCUCUCCCUCUCCUGCAGCCUAUCCAGUCCAUUUUGUUGUGUGGUUUCACUCUCUCUCCUUCUCCACAGUCCACACUGGUCCAAACAGUCCCAUUCUUGCACAUUUUUCUCUCUUUCUCAGCCAUGGCGGCCGCGAGAGUCUUAGCCAAUGCCACCACCACCACCACUGCUUCCUGUUUCCUCUCAAAAACCUCCCUUUUCCCCAAACACAGCCUCCCAUAUCAUCGUUCCAAUUCCCUUUUCUUCUCCACAAGAUUACCCUCCUCCAGAAAAUCAUUCUCUUGCACAGCUCUGUAUCUCCCCGAGGUUACGAUCAAGCAUGAAGGCCAGCCUGAAACCCUCGACUAUCGCGUCUUCUUCACUGACCAGUCUGGCAAAAAGGUCUCCCCUUGGCAUGAUAUACCACUGCAUUUGGGGGACGGUGUUUUCAACUUCAUUGUUGAAAUUCCUAAAGAAACCAGUGCAAAGAUGGAGGUUGCAACAGAUGAGCCUUUCACUCCUAUAAAGCAAGAUACUAAAAAGGGGAAGCUCCGAUACUACCCCUACAAUAUCAACUGGAAUUACGGAUUGCUUCCACAAACAUGGGAAGAUCCAUCCUUGGCUAACUCUGAAGUUGAAGGCGCAUUUGGAGACAAUGAUCCUGUUGAUGUUGUUGAAAUUGGUGAAAGUGAUCGAAAGAUUGGCGAGAUUCUGAAAGUGAAACCACUGGCUGCUCUAGCUAUGAUUGAUGAAGGGGAACUUGACUGGAAAAUAGUUGCAAUUUCACUAGAUGAUCCUAAAGCUUCACUAGUGAAUGAUAUUGAUGAUGUCGAGAAGCAUUUCCCGGGAACUUUAACCGCUAUAAGGGACUGGUUUAGAGACUACAAGAUCCCUGACGGCAAACCUGCUAACAGGUUCGGUCUUGGUAACAUGCCUGCAAACAAGGAUUACGCACUUAAAGUUAUUGAAGAGACCAACAAAUCUUGGGCUAAUCUCGUUAAGAGAUCAAUUCCUUCCGGUGAGCUAUCUCUUCUAUAGAAUUCUCAUAGAUGGUAGGAAGAUGCUGGUUCUAUUUAUGUAACUGCUCAAAUCGAAACCGAAUUUGUGAGUUAAGGCUUUCUCAUUUAUAUGUUUAUAAUGAUGUAGAACCCAUUUUUCCAUUGUUGAGACUGAAUAAUGUAUGCUCAGUUGGUGGUUUUGUUUCUGUAUCAGACGUGACGACUCGGUUUUAAGUAGGCUUUUUUUUUUUUUUUUCCCUGAAGCUGUUUGUUAGAUGAACUGAUGGGUUUGAGGGAAUAAAGGUGAAAGAGCUUGUCAUUCUUUAUUCCU